AUGGAAAUUGUGAGUCCAGUCCUUGACAUUUUCUAUCGUCUAUGGAUAUGUUGUGCUAAUAGUACAGAUAAUGUCCGUAAACUCAAACAAAAUCUAAAAACUUUGGAGAUUUCAAUUAAUUCAUUGAGAUGUCGAAGAGAGGAUGUAAAUAGAAGAAUCGAGACGGCAGAGUCGAACCCAAUUGAACCAGCAAAGCGCACAAAUUUGGCUAGUGAUUGGCUCCAAAAAGUACAAGCCUUAGAGAGAGACGUACAAAAGCUCUUAGACGACAACGAAGCUAUGAAGAACAACACCACAGGAUGCUACUUUUGUUGUUGUGGUCGAGUAAAUUGUUGGAGUGCGUACAAACUUGGAAUAUUAGUAGUGGAACAGAUGAAUGCCGUACAAGAUUUGUUGGAAGGCGAUUUCCAUGAUGUCACUUAUAGAUGUCAACCGGAUCCUGUUCAACAAAUUCCCACCGUUGAAGCUAUGGGCAUGGACACAAAGUUUAAUGAGGUAAUGGAUUCAUUGGUUACUGAGGGAAACCUUGUUCGAAUUAUAGGUUUAUAUGGAAUGGGAGGAGUUGGAAAGACAACUCUUCUACAAAAGGUUAACAAUGAGUUUGUCGAAAGAGAACAAUUCGAUUUAGUAAUAUUUGUUAUGGUGUCUAAAGAUAUAAACAUAAAAGGUAUUCAGAACCAGAUCGGAAAGAAACUAGGAGUGUCAUGGACUGAAGAAACUGAAAUACAUGAGGUAGCUAAUGACAUAUUCAAAGUGAUAAAAAAUAAGAAAAUUCUGUUGUUAUUAGAUGAUAUUUGGGAAGGAAUUGAUUUAGAAACAAUUGGAGUUUCAGUGAAUACCAUCCAAAGAACUGGGUCAAAGGUAGUGUUCACCACAAGAAAUGAGCAAGUGUGUGGAUUUAUGGAAGCUGAUAAAAGAAUCAAAAUAGAGUGUCUAGACAAGGAUCAAGCUUGGAGCCUAUUUCAACAAAAGGUCAAGCAACAAGCGCUAAGUUGUCAUCCAGAUGUAUUUGAGGUUGCCAAAAAAAUUGCUAAUGAAUGCCGUGGUUUACCUUUAGCUCUUAUCACUAUUGGUCGAACCAUGUCCAACAAAACCGAUCUCCAACAAUGGCAACACGCACUAGAUACUCUACAAGAAUCAGCAUCACAGUUUUCAGGUUUGGCCAAUAAGGUAUUAGCUAUUUUGAAGUUCAGCUAUGACAAUCUGGAAAACCAAAAGUCGAAGUCUUGUUUUCUUUAUUGCUCCUUAUAUCCAGAAGACUUUUCCAUUGAAAAAAACGAUAUUAUUGAAAUUUGGGUGGGUGAAGGAUUUUUGGAUAACUUAGAUGAUUUUGCCAAAGCUCAGAAUGAAGGCCACGACGUGAUUAAAUGUCUCAAGGAUGCUUGCUUGUUAGAAACCGGUAUUGAGCUUGGGGUAAAGAUGGAGUACAUGGUAAAAAUGCAUGAUGUAGUUCGUGAUUUGGCAAUAUGGAUAGCUUCAGAUCUUGGGAGAGAUAAAAACACGCAUUUAACGUUACGGGCAGAAAGCACAGUGAAACUCCAUGAAUGGGAGAAAGCAGAGAGGAUCUCUUUGAUAAACAAUCGAGCCAUUAGAAUACUUAAUGGAGCACCGCACUGCUCGAAUCUCUUAACCCUAAUCCUUGAGCAAAGUAGUAUAUCUAUUAUAUCUGAUGACUUUUUCCGAUUCAUGCCCAUGCUUAGAGUUUUACAUAUGGAUGAGGUGAAACUCGAGAAACUCCCAACGAGCAUUUUCUCACUGUCGAAGUUGCAGUACCUGCAUAUGCCAGCUUAUGACGAGGAUGACGUUCUAACACCAGGGUAUUUAGCUUCUCUGACGAAAUUGAAGAUCUUAUGCUUAACUGAAUCAUGUUGUCACUGGGAAAUUAAAGGUGGACCAAGCCUCUGUGAAUUAGAAAGCUUACAACAUUUGAUUUGUCUUGGAAUCACAAUAGGAACUGGUCGAUCUCUUCAAAGGUUAGUAACAAGUCAAAAAUUACAGCUAUGCACCACCCAUUUAAGGGUUAAAUAUUGUUUCGGCAUUACAUUCCUCACGCUUUUACCUUCUUUACCAUCGUCCCCAAUUCCAUUACUUAGUCUUGUUCACAUGAUCCGUUUAAGCACACUUGAACUGAAAAACUGCGAUGAAUUAGAAGAGUUGAAAAUCAUAAGCGGGGAUGAAGUGACUUUGUUCACAACGUUGGAGCAGUUGCACCUUUUUUUCAUGCCAAAGUUAAGGAUUGUGUGGAAUGCGCCUCAACAAUCAUUCUUCUCUGUGAACCUUAAACAUGUAGUGAUCAAUGGUUGUCCUCGAUUGAGGGACAUUACAUGGCUGAUUUAUGCUCCAAAUCUCGAGUUGCUUGGCUUGGUUGAAUUGGAGGCGUUAGAAGAGAUAAUAUCUAAUGCAUUUGCAACAGAAGAGAAUUUAAGAAAUACGUUUUCUAGGCUAAAUCAUUUGAGAUUGGUCUCCCUAAGGAAUUUUAAAAAGAUAUGUGACCACCAUGUAAAAUUCUUUCAUUUGGAAAAGAUUUUCGUGAUGGAUUGUCCGGAGUUGAAGAAACUACCAUUUAAUACCAAUAACGUGAUCCCACAGACCUUGGACAAGAUUGAAGGAGGGAAAACAUGGUGGGAAAGCCUAGAAUGGGAAGACGAAGACACCAAAUAUAAUCUUUCUCCUUAUUUUCUUGAGCUGGAUAUUAAUUUGUAA